AUGGCCAUCCACAGCGGGAUGUUGCUGGUGUCCUGUGUGGUGCUGAUUUGCACCGCGGGUGUCACCACGGAUGCUCACGGUUACCAUGGAAGCAUCACCGGCGAUACAGCGCACAGCGAUCUCGCGGCGCUCCUCAGCGAUGGUCCAGGCGAAAUUAGCUUUAGUAAUGAUCUGGCGCGAAGCUUUCACUCUCCACGGUUGGAAUACAACGAAUGGUUGCCGGUGGGAAGAGGUGAUCCGUUGAAGAACGAUCCAACGUACGACUACAGUCCACCGGUGCUGGACCGCGUUCGCUACUGGUCCGAGGGCCCGACGGGCAAGGACAAGCCCGGCAACGACAUCCUGCUGCUGGGUGUACCCUCAAAAAACAAGGCAUCAGCCGGUCAUGGCAAAGAGCACCAACACUGGAGCAAUGGCGCUUCACCACCUCAGCGACGGAACUAUUACUCUCCAGCACCACCACUCCAUCACGGUGCGCCCAUCACCAACAACAACAACAACAACCGAGAACCACCAACCGUCCUCAUGCCACCACCACUCAAUGCACCCUGGACUGCAGGACUCGCUGCGGAUGGUUUCUGGGGCGCGGCAGCAGCAUCUGCGUCUCAGCGCGUCGACACUCAGCCGAGUGAUGGUUUCAAGUAUCGUCCCGCACCACCAUUUGCACCGCAGUCAGGGGCCAAGUUUACGGAGCCAUCCGUCCUGCAGCAAUCCAUCACGGCGCAGUUCCUGCAUCACCAUCGGGAACCACCUCAACAGCAACAACAACAGACUGGUGCAGUAGGAUUCAGCAGCAAUGGCCGGCCACAGCCUUAUCUGACCACUAUCCGACUUACAACCCCGGCGGGCGAAACUUCGAUCGUGAAGCGACCACUCCUUAAAACCAUCCUCCAGAACGAACAUUCCUAUCCGUUCACGAAAACAUCGAUGACGAGUGCGGUCACGGAGUACACUUCGACGUUCUACGAUCCACAGAACAUUAAUGCCAUGGCCCAGACCGUGUUCCAUCCACCGCAGACCACGGAAUACCUGCAAACGGUACCGCAACCGACGAAGCUAGUGCCACAGCUAAGCACCGACCUCCGGACACCCUACGUCACUCCCGCCGGUCCAUUCGUCACACCAUUACCAACCCUGGCCACGUCUACCAGCAGACCGGCAUCCCACGGAGUGACGGCGACGUCGACGACAGCAACAACGACAACAACAUCUCCACCACCAGCAGUGCUGACCGUGGCUGACUCUGGUCCUGCCUCGCAAUACCAGCAAUCGCACCCAACGGUGAAACCGACCGUGGACGUGCGUGCACCGCUCUAUCUCAUCAUCGAGGGCCACUCGAAGGUGAAAACGUACGGGCUCAACACGAACGAUACGCUGAUGCAGCUUCCACGGAUGGUUCCGGUGGCGAGCGACAAAGAUCCGAUCGUUCGGCACGUCGUUAACCAAGAUCCGGAGACGGGUGCCGCGAUGGCCGUUACUACGCAGCAGGUCGUCACGACGAAGCUGCCACCGGUGUACAGGAAACCGGCGCGUGACACACCAGCACCCGAACGGAAAACGCCGGAUGCGGUCGAUACGCUGCUUACGCUGCUCGAUGGAGCGUCCUUCGGUGGUAUGCUGCAGGACGACCAUCAACGACCACAGGACACCGGAUCGACUGGGAACAAUGCGUUGGAGGGAUCGGAUGUGGGGACCAGCGCUCGCGACAGCAAAACGCGGCGGCAUGUUCGUGUGGCGCGGCACACGUUCGUCCGGUUCUAGGGACCGCCAAACGGCCAUAAGGACACGAUGGGGAC